AUGGCAUUAAUUAAAAAUAUCACUUCGCAAAAUAUUAUGAAUGAUUUUAAAACAACUACUAUAAUAUGCGGCAGUAUCAUAAUAGCUGGUCUAUCAUAUUUCCUUUCAAAGACAUCGUCAUUAUCUUUAUCAUCAUCUUUAAAAAAAAAUCAACAACAAAUAGAAGAAGAGGUCAAUUUUCUAGAAUCAGAAGUUUAUUCAACUUCAUUGGUGAAUCAAUUACUAAAUGAUCCGUCUUAUAUACACAAUAGAGGUUAUGACACUGUAAAACAUGAUAGAAAAACAAAACAUUUAACUGCUAACACUUUACAAGGUAAAGGAAAAUUCAUCAUGAAGCCAAUAAUUUUCUAUUCUAGCGAGAAGAUGGAAAACAUCAUUUUUUUACAUGUUGGCAGCGAUUUGUGUGGUCAUGAUGGCAUCAUUCAUGGUGGAUUAUUAUCAACAAUUAUGGAUGAAGGGUUGGCAAUAACUGCAAUCCCAUCAUUACCAGAUAAAAAUGGAGCAACAGCAUUCCUACAUGUGAAUUUUCGUAAACCAUGCAAAGCAAACCAAAUAUUGGUUUGUAAAUGUAAAGUUACAAAAAUUGAGGGUAGAAAAGGCUUUGUUGAGGGAAGAUUAGAAACAUUUGAUGAAGGUGUUGUUUUGGUAGAUGCUAAUGCAUUAUUUAUAAGUUUGAGAAAAUUAAAUUGUUAA